UUUGUAAUCUGUGUAAAGUAUCCGUGUUUAACGCAUCUAUGAAAAAAUAUAACCUAACUUUGGAUUGUCAUCGUUGAAUUCGAUUUCUGUUGACUAAUUUGCAAGUAAUCGUAUAGUAACCAUGGCUUCAGAGCGCUAUAGCUUUUCUUUAACAACUUUCAGCCCAUCUGGAAAGUUGGUGCAAAUUGAAUAUGCUCUUGCAGCAGUAGCGGCAGGAGCUCCCUCAGUAGGCAUCAAGGCUUCAAAUGGUGUAGUAAUAGCAACUGAGAAUAAGCACAAAUCUAUUUUAUAUGAUGAGCAUAGUGUCCACAAGGUAGAAAUGAUAACCAAACAUAUAGGUAUGAUUUAUUCAGGUAUGGGCCCUGAUUAUCGUCUGUUAGUCAAACAAGCUCGUAAAAUGGCUCAACAGUAUUUCCUUGUUUACCAUGAACCUAUACCCACUGUUCAAUUAGUUCAAAGGGUUGCAGCAGUGAUGCAAGAAUAUACACAGUCUGGAGGUGUGAGACCUUUUGGGGUAUCUUUGCUCAUAUGUGGAUGGGACAACAAUAGACCUUAUCUAUUCCAAUGUGAUCCAUCUGGUGCCUAUUUCGCUUGGAAAGCCACUGCCAUGGGCAAGAACUAUGUCAAUGGAAAAACUUUCUUAGAAAAAAGAUAUAGUGAAGACUUGGAACUGGAUGAUGCCGUUCAUACUGCCAUACUAACACUCAAAGAAAGUUUCGAAGGACAGAUGACUUCUGACAAUAUUGAAGUUGGCAUUUGUGAUGCUAAUGGAUUCAAGAGAUUUGAUCCCGCUACAGUUAAAGAUUUUCUAGCCAAUAUUCCAUAAGUUUCUUAUAGUUUGAAUAUGUAUUCUUUUUUUUUUGAUACAUUACUAUACAGAGUAUUUGAACUAUUACAUUUAUAUAUGUAGAAA